UGGGCGGAGGGGCCCUGGGGCGUGUUUCCCCACCCCGUGCGGACUUCGGAACUGACACCGACGGAGCGGCGCCGGAGCAGGAGAGGUCUCUACUGGACGCCACUUUGGUGGGUUCGGGUCCCGCAAGAAUGCGUGCCCUGCCGACGCUGGACUCGCUUGCCAGAAUGCGGCCACCUCUCGGGGACCCCAAGGCAGCUGAGGACACUCACGCCGCGCAGCGUCCGAGCAAGAGCGCGGUGGAGAGACUGGCGGCGGACCGCGCCAAGUACGUUCGCAGCGCGCUGGGAUCCAGCCGGGGUCCUGCUUCCGAGGGCAGGGCCCCCGAGGCCCCAGGGGGACAGCACCGCACCCCGGUCCCUUCGGCUCUUGCCCCGGCUCCUGUAGCCCGCAGGGCUAUCGCUAGAAAGCCUCUGAGACCGGAUUCACUGGUGAUCUACCGGCAGAAGUGCGAGUUCGUCCGAGGGCCAGGCGCAGACGGCUCCAGAGCGGGGCUGGUGAAGAAGUUUUUCCAGGGGUCUGGCAAGGACAAAGUGCUGGCGGCCCAUGAGAGGCCCGGGGCGGCGAGCGAGGACAAGCCGAAGGAAACAGAGGCCGCCUGGACUAAGUCCGGCCAGCCAGCAGCCGCUGGACCGGCCCCUGUGUUACCACCGGCUGCCCCCGUAGUGGCCACGGAGCCCCCAGCCGUGCCCUCGGAGGUGGCUCCCCGGGCUCCUGCCGCGCACUCGGGAGUGGAGCUGCGGGUGUCGCGUCGCAAAGGGUUGCAGCGCUCUCAGUCCGAUCUCAGCUCCCGCUGCUCGAUAGCCAGGGCUGAGUCUGACACCUUCUUCAAGUACUGCGGCCUGGACCCCGAUGUGGUGGAGGCCCUCGGGAGGGAGAACUUCUCCGCUGGGUCCGACUGUGUGACGCUCAAAGUGCGCAGCGUGAGCAUGGCUGCUUCCGAUAGUAGCUUCUCCAGGUGCAGCGAGGACGGCUUGCAAGAAGAGGAGCUCAUGGAGCAGGUGCCCAGCACCACCUCUGUGGUAGAAAGGAACGCCCGUAUCAUAAAGUGGCUGUUCACCUGCAAGAAGGCCAAAGAAGCCCCCAGUCAGAAGUUGCAAGGACCUGCCUGAUUGACACCUGAGCCAGGAAGCAAACUUUCCCGGACAUGAAGGGACCAUUAAGUUGUAGGUGUCUGAGACUCCAGAGCCAUGUGUUUGGUGUACCCCAACAAUACAUUAUUGCUGCCUUCCUAGGAAGGAAACACUGAGUUGGCAAGGCUUCUGUAAUGGCCAUGUGAAGUGCUUUGGUGAAGAUGGACGGCAGAUAUCAGAGACCAUGCGAGGCAUUCUCCUUGGAAGAGCGUGUCUCAAAAGGGCAGCGGAAGGGACAAUCACUGUGGGAGAAUAUUUUCUUACUGACAGUGUCUGCAGUGUGUUUCAAUAAUAUUUAAUGUUAAUAAAUCAAUUAUAUAGACUUUUUAAAGAAAAAGAAGAAAGUAUGAAAUCAAGCAUGGAUAAGUAGUAUUCUCCUUUCAACUAAUUUAUACCGCUUAAAGUUCUGUAGGCACAAAGAGGUAUUCUACUUAAGCGCUAUGGCUGAGACAAUCAUCCAACACACUCUGGUCUCCAAGCCUCUCUGUAGCUAAAUUUCAGUUAUCCUACACUAUACAACUGAUAGUCUUCCAUAAUGAUUUGAAGAGGACCUUUACAAUUUCUUGAGGGCUUCUGUUCAUUUUGUUAAUGACACUUUCCACUUGGACAUAGUAUGUAGGAGCACCUACUGAGAGACUCAUGAGAACUGAGAUCCUGCUAAAAAUAAGUACAUUUUUGUACUUGUAUAAUUUCUUGAGAUUUGGCCAAUGUUUAUGGAGUCCUUCUACCAGCUCUUUAACAAUGUUUCCAAUAGAAAAUGCUCUAUCCCACCCUCAUUCUUACUCUCUAAACGGGAAAGAAACAGGUUCAUACAUAAUGCUUGAGGUCAGGUUCCACUUCCCAUGCCAUGGACUUGCCUGAGUUUGGCAUUCUUUGCAGAGGAUGUGUUUUGAAGCAAGGGCUGCCUCUGGGGGUUGAGAGGUGCUAGGAUCUAAGUAUAAUUAACAAAGUACUGAAACCCUGGUUCUGAACUUAUCCAUGAAACUCACAGCAAAAGGAUUUUAGAUUCAGAAUCUUUUGAGAAAAAUUAUGUAUGGACAAAAACCCUAAGAAAAAAUGUCAGCCAACUCUUUUAAAGUUUACUGUAUUUUAUCAAAAUGUAUUCCUUUAAUCACAAAAUUAUAUGAGAUGAGAAGAGUCUGGAGAAAUUUCUACAUGCUAGUAUUUUAUGAUAUUGCAUUUUGAAGUGUCUCGGCAUUUAGUUUAAAGAUGUAUCAUGUGUAACUUCUAUUGUUAGAGCAGUUUUUUUGAGUCAUAAAAAUAUUUAUUUUUAUA